UUUUGCCACUCCUGCCGUACUUAACUAACUUCCUCUCUUUUCCCAUUUCCGUUUUCCCAACGCAACUGUCCAGUCUGUCAUUCACUACCUACUCCGCACGCUCAUUUCGAAGGUCAAAAUGAAGGGUCAAUGGAUGGCUCCGGGUGCAGCCCUCCUGGCUGCUCUCGUCCCGAGUGCCCACGCGCUGACUAUCGCACCGGAGGUGAUCACCCUCGCCCCCACCACCACGACAGCAGCAGCCACCGUGUCAACAUCCACCGUCGUCAGCUGCACGACUAUCGGACCGAACCUGGUUGAGAACCCCUCGUUUGAAGAUGGCUUCACCGACUGGGGAUAUGCCAGUGGCACCACAGGCUCCGUGGUGGCCGGGGAUGCCGCGGAUGGCUCUUACUACCUAGAAUCAUCCGGCAGUCAAACCCGCGCGGGGAUCGUGUUCUACCAAUACGUCCAAGACAUGGUGGCCGGGUCGACCUACACAGCGAGCCUGGACUGGCGCGUGCAUCCCAACUCGGAGGGCGCGUCGCUGUCCUGCCAUCUGUACUGGUACAUGAACAGCUUCGGCAGCUCGAUCGGAUCGACCUCGGCAACCGUCACCACGACGGAAAUGGCCUGGACCACCUUCUCGACCACCUUCACCCCGUCGACUUCUGGUCAGCAUCUGCUCGAGAUCUACUCCUACUGUCAGCAGUCCACCACCGUCUACACGGGGAAUGCCAUCGAUAUCGACAAUAUCCAGAUGAGCAAUGGCGAGAGCACCACGUCUUGCACGACUAGUACGACUGUUGUCACUGUGACUCCUACUGCUGUGCCGACGACUUUGGUGGCCACGAGUGCCGUGGGUACUCCUUCGUCGGCGGCAGUGGUGUCUUCGGUGGCUUCUUCGGUGGCGUCUUCGGUGGCUGUCUCGAGUGUUUCUACUGCUGUGUCGGUUCCUAUCUUGUCGUCUGCGGCUGCCUCUACUGCUGUUGCUUCAGCUCCUGCUGCUUCAUCGCCUGUUGCCUCCUCUCCCGCUGCCUCGACGCCAGUUGUGGCCACCCGCUCUGCGUCGUCCCCUGCUGCUUCGGUUCCAGUUGCUUCAUCCUCUGCUGCUUCCGCCCCAUUGCUUCGUCAUCCCUCCUCCGUGGCAGUCUCUUCUCCCUCCGCUGGCAGCUCCCGAGCAGUCUCUGCGUCUUCCGCCUCGGUGCCCUACUCCAUCCCAUCGUCCAGGGCCAGCCCCAGCUCUUCUCGCCCUGCCCACUCCGAGGCCGUGACAUCCGUCUCCCCUCUUGUUCGUCCCACUCCCAUCCGCACUCCCGGCGCCUCCGGCAUCUCGCAGCGUGUGCGGCCCUCUUCGAUCCCGGGCCCUCAGGGCUCUGGACGGGCCUCCUCUGCCGCCCCCGCCGGAACCAGCCAGAUCUCGCCCCCCCAAUUCACCACGUCCACCAUCCUGACCACCCGCACGGCCACCAUCACGGCCUGUCCGUCCUCGAUCACUGACUGUCCCGCGCGGUCGAAGACUACCUUCCUGACGACCGAGACCCUCGUCGUCUCGACCACCGUCUGCCCCGUGACUGAGACCGCAGCCCCAACCAAGGGCUCGGGCUCCGGGGAGUCAUCCUACACCACGACGGAGACCAUCUUCACCACGCGCGUCUCCACCAUCACCGCCGCCCAAACCACCUACAUCACCACCGAGACCCUCGUCGAAUCCACCACCGUCUUGCUCGUCACCGUUGCCCCCACUGCCCACCCCACUGCCCCCGCCGUCACCGGUACCGGCUCCGCCAACAACAACAACAACAAAAACCCCUCCCCACCUCCCACCAUCCAAACCAUCACCGAAGUAAUCACCAAGGUCAUCCAACCCCAAGGCACCGCGACCAACCAGCCCGCCGUUACCGAGACCCUCACCGUGACCAAGACCAAGAAGGUGUCAACGCUGGUUCUGACCAAGACCGUCUUCAUCGAGACCUGCGGUGCCGUUACCAAGACCGUGAGCACGGAGGUGCCGGUUGCCACCGUCACGGGGGAGACUGAGACUGAGAUUGUGGGUUCUGAUGCCGAGACGACUACGGUUGCGAAUGCGGUCUAUCCGACUGCGUAUGCCCAGGGAAGCCACUUCCAUGGAAAUGGGACGACGUCGCUGUCGCUGGUUCCGUCGUCGAGGAGUGGAAAGUUGAGGUGGAGUUCUAGUACGCCAGUGCCUGUUGCUACGGUUUAUUAGGGAUAUUAGGG